GUCAGUUUGUUAGUUUAGUUUCAAACAGUGAAAUUAUUGUUUUGCUUUAAAGCUUGAUUUAAAAAAUCAAGACGAAAGUGUAUGGGUUCGAAACAAGUAUCAUUGUGCUCAAAAAAGUGAAGUCCUUUCGUUCAUUUGGAUUUAUAAAUUUUAAACUUUCGAACGCUACUGCAACUCGCCUUGCAACUAGCAACAAAACCGUCCUGGGUGGAUUUGUUCCACAAAAAAACGGCACUUCAAAUAAUUUAACUAUACUUAAACCAAGACUUACCUGCCAAAUUAGCACCACUUAUCGCACCGGAAAGAUCACAGCUUCCGUCCGAUGUCGGUCACCUCGAUAGCAUCUGCUUCAUGAAGAUGAGUCAGUCAGUGUAGGUCCAAAUCGGGAAGAGAACCGGGAAAAAUAGCCAGAGAGAACGAGAAAAAAAACUAUCAACAAACAGUUAACGCGUACAGAGGCAACCAGCAUGGUAAUUUGAUGAUGAUCAACAACAAUAAUAAAUUGGUACGCCAAAGCGGUAGCCGUGCCGCCGCCAGCGGUAAAGCAGUUUGUUUACCUUUGUACCUACUGCAGAAAAAAAAAAACAGAUGUUCCGACAUGUUUAGAGAGUUAACCGCUUUCCAUACUUAUCGCGAUAUGCACUUGAUAUGAAAGAGACGUGGAAGAUGAUUAUCCAUUUUGACAGCUACCGAAAUUCACCACGCUUCACUUCUGUCACCAUUGGUAACCGCCACCCAAAGCCUACCGCGUGUCGUAACUGCAUAUAGCCGAUGAAGCCCAUUCGUAAUUGUACACGUGGGUUGUUGCGCAAACGUCACUUCAGGUAGGUUAGGUAGUGUUUGGUCCACUCGAAUUAACCUUUCACCGCAUGGUCCUAAGUGGUGAACUAACCUUUUGCCGAACGGGCGCCCAUCGCAGAGCAGACUGGUUACGCUCUUUUGAACUGCCAAAGCAUUUGAUAGCCGCACGUUGUUUCGGCUUUCUUCAGAUGAAGGUAGAUACAACGCAAGAAAGAUGAGCCGUAUAAACCGUCAAAACGUGAUUGUUCGAAUAGAUUAUAAAUUAUUAUUUGGCCGUCGUAAAACGUGGUAAAUUAUUCAUCUGCCCAUCAAUCCACUCCAUACACAGCGAGAAACAGCCAGAAGGAGGUGAAGGCUUUCUCCUGCAAUUACUCGCAUUUUUCCGAACAAUAACACGGUCGGACCAACUGCUGGGUUAGAUAAUUUCGGAGCUUUUUUUUUCGUUCACAGUGGGACACAAGACCAAUCGCUCUUAUCUAACCCCCGGCGGCAGAGCAGAUGGUAGGGCAUUAAUACCGAUCGAAUAAUGAUCCUCCGCCACCGCCGCCGUCACCAUCCGUUACUUUCUGCUUCAAUUUCUCGAAUUACUGCUACCAAUCAAACAAGUCAGCCGUGGAAUUUGACGCCCGUACUCAUCUGUCACUAGCGUGACCUGUCAUUGUUUUUUUUCCUGGCUCCACUGGCAAUCCAAAGCUGGUGCAAAUCUCAACAAUUGAAUCCUCCCACGUGUUUCGUACUCGUACUCGAUUGCAAGCGUUCAAUUGAUAAUCAAAACAACAACAGCAACAAUACCAAAGAAAGAGACCUCUGUCUGCUCUGUGCAAUAGCGCCAACUGUCAGCCGAGGGGUCACACGCUUCUGCCUGAAAACGAAGCGCCAUCAUUAUGUAAAUUUUUGACACGAAAUCAUCGCUCUGCCAUCGUGCCAGAUUCCCACCGUCGUAGGCGUAGGCUCGAGGAGGCUCGAUAUCCAAGUCACGCAACGCCUAUGUACUCUUUUCGUGUGGGAUGCAAGUUGUAGGUACUUUCGUUUUCGCGAUCAUCGCCUACUUGCACUUUUGCGCUGCGCGGUUCACGAUUACGCGGCAUACUUUGUUGCCGCAACGGUACAUAUUUGCUAAUGAGGCUGAGUUUUGAGGUUAGAAUUUGUUUUGUUAUGAUGUGCGAAUUGCAAGCAAAAUAAGGAAUUGGCUCUGGAAUUUUGUCUGAUUGGCAGUAAACAUUUGCCAUUAGCAGAGGUCUUCCGAGGAAGAAGCAGCUGAGAAACGGGGGUGUUGCAUGCAAAGACUUCCACUCGAGUGGAACGAACUGCAAUCGAUCGAUCGAUCCGGUUGGCGCUGACCUGACCGAGUUUAAUUAUCAUAGGUGAAUAAAACCAACGGUCAGCCGGAGAGCGAUAGUCUGUACCGAGUCGGAAGUUCUAGCGUUAACAUCGAGUUAUUGAGUUCUUAACUGAAAAGUUUUACCUAAAGUGAACAGCUGAUAGUGAAGAUUCAAGUCCGUUGGUUGGAGUUUGGUAGUAGGUGAUCUACCAGAAGAAUCAUGGGUGGAAUCGUUUCACGAGUGUUCCGCGGUAAUCCGGAACAGCAGCAGUGUGGCAAAUGUAUGCGAAGUUGCUGCAUCUGUCUGGAUGCCAGCCUGGAACUGGCGCAACGGCGGUUGAAGCGGCUGGAGGCAAAGGAGCGGCGGCGGAGCAUGGCACUGCGUUUGGGAAUGGGAUUGACCGACGAAGAGGAAGAAGAGUUGGCACUGGAAGAGGAGGAGGCUGCUCUGGAACUACGACGACAGCGUACGCUCAGAAGAAGCCGAAUGCAAUCUGCUAGACGGCGUCAACCACAACAGCAGCAGCAACAACAACAACAACAGCAGCAGCAGCAGGAAGAGGCGGAAGAGGAGCCGGAAGAACAGGAACAGAGGCCGCAAAGACAGCAAUCGACGAGACGUCGACAACCGCAACGCCAGCAGGAACCAGAGGAGCAGGAGGAAGAACAGGAACAACAAACGCAACGAAGACGCCCAGCACAAAGAAGACGACAGCAAAGGCAGCCGGAACAAACUGAAGCAGAAGACGAAGCGGAGGAGCAGCCACAACCUCGUCGUCGGCAGCAGGGAAGCCAGCGCAGACGUACGACGCAGAGACAGGGACGUCAGAAUCAACAAGGACAAGAAGAAGAAGAGGAGGAGGAGGAGGAGCCACAACAGCAACCAAGACGCCGUCCGGCAAACCGAAGACAAACCCAACGUCGCCAGAACCAACAACAGGAACAGGAGGAAGAGGAAGAGGAACCGGAAGAGCAGCAGCAGCAACAGCCAGCAAGACGUAGACAAACCCGACCACAACGACGACAGCAAAGACGACAGGAGACCCAAGAGGAAGAACAGGAAAGCGAAGAGGAACAACAACCCACACGUCCACGGCGCCGCCCUUCGCAGCGCCGAUCUCAACGCCGUCAGCAACAACCCCAGGAGGAAGAGGAAGACGAAUCUGAAGAGUCUGAGCCGCGCCGAUCCCGACGCCGUAGUGUUGAACGUCGCCAGAGACGUGACCGCCGACGGGAAGAAUCUGCCGAAGAAUCCGAACUGGAGGAAGAGCGUGCCGAGCGGCGAGAACGUCGUGCACGCCGUCGGGAGCAGCGUCUGCGAGAGGAAAUCGAAAGGGAACUGCGCCUGAAGGAAAACAUCUGCCGCAAUGGUUCACUCCGCCGUCAUGCACCACCACAGCCAGCAACCGUUCUGCCUCAGCCUCGUGAACAGGAACCUCCGGUCGCUCAUGGUCCGAACGUCCGUCGAUUGGUCGCUUGUUACGAACUGAUGCGCUCCGACGUCAGCGAGUGUGAAUCACUGUCCAUGCAGAAUCUACUCAACCACGUAGAUGAUCAUCCUAUGCGGGACUCCAUUCGUCGUAAAGAACGUUGCUGUAAAGAUUUCUUCUUCUAGUGAUCUGUUUCAUCUCCAUUGUACGAUGCUUUAAAAAUGUUAAAAUCUGUCAAAUCACAUUUGCGAUGGAACAGCUCUAUUCACUACUUUUCGAGUUAUCCAGCAUGGAACCCACUUACUAAUCAUCUAUUUUCAAUCUCC